AUGAAUCCCAUAUGGAAAGUAUACAAGAGCAAAGUGCUGAAGACCCUGAACCCGGACCUAGAGGAGUACACGGAGGAAGAGGUCAAUAAUGCAGAGAUUGACAUGAGCCCUGUCCAGGAGGAUGAGGGACCCAAUGCAGUGUCUCAGCUGGCCAAGAGAAUGCAGGGUGCCGGGGCUAAAGGCUGGAACAGGAUGUCAGCACUCUUCAACAAAGAGGAUGAGCACCAGCUAUUGGAGGAGAUUGAGAGCCCACCUGUCCCAGACCAUCCACUAGCAGUGAUGCCUGAGGAGCCGCAGAUACCGGCCAGACCCUCAGGAUUCUGGGGUAGCUUCGCCACCAACUGGAAACAAAUGGCCGCCUCGAAACAGGCUGAAGCCGCAGCAAACGAGACGAGCACGGUGGAGGAGGGUCAGGAGACGGUGGGAGAGGGAGGUGGUGAGGGAGGAGGGGGGGAGAGUUGCCAGGGGGAGAACGCGGAGGGAGAGCAGAGUCAAGAUGGAGGAGGAGGGAGCAACACUAGCUUCUCCAAAUACGCCAUGCUGGGAGGAGGGAGCGAGAACACGCCCUUCAAGUGGAACUUUGUCACAGGCAAGCUGGCUGAGUUGAAGACCAAGAGCAUGGCUGGCCAGCAAGACUAA